AUGGCAGUCAACAUAGCCUUCACCAAGGGUCUUCCAAAAGUCGAGCUGCAUGCUCAUCUCACUGGCAGUAUCAGCGUCACGACGCUGCAUGAGAUAUGGCAGGCGAGAAAGGACAGCGACGCGUCCUUUUCAAUGGAAGACCCUCUGGUCGCCUUGCCGCUGGACAAGGUGUCUUAUGAUGUCGUCACCUUCUUUCCGCUCUUCGACAGCUACAUCUACGACCUGUGCAGCAGCGUCGCCGCCAUCCGCCGCGCCACGCUGCAGGUGCUGCGGGACUUCCGCGACGACGGGGUACGCUACCUGGAGCUCCGCACAACGCCGCGCGAGAACGUCGCCGCGGGCGUGACCAAGGAGACGUACGUGUCGACCGUGCUGAGCUGCCUCGACGAGUUUGCCGCCAGCGCCGGCUCGGAACCAGACAUGAUGCCGACGUACCUGAUCCUGUCCGUCGACCGGCGCAACACGGCCGCGCAGGCGAUGCAGACGGUGGAGCUGGCGGUGCAGUUCCAGGCCCGCGGCGUCGUCGGCGUCGACCUGUGCGGCAACCCGGCCAUGGGCGACGUGGCGGCGUUUGGCGAGGCGUUUGCGCGGGCGCGCGAGGCCGGCCUGAAGGUGACGCUGCACUUUGCCGAGAUCUCCGAGUCGGCGACGCGCCGCGAGCUGCAGGCGCUGCUCGGCUUCCGGCCCGACCGGUUAGGCCACGUCAUCCACGUUCCUGACGAUUUUCGUGACGAGAUCGCGCGCCGCGAUAUUGGGCUCGAGCUGUGCCUCUCGUGCAACGUGCACGCCAAGCUCAUCCCGGGCGGGUUUGCUGAUCACCACUUUGGCUACUGGAAGGACACGGGCUGCUCCAUCAGCCUCUGCACGGACGACGUUGGCAUAUUCCGCAGUUCCGUCUCGAACGAAUAUCUCCUAGCCGCGGAGCACUUUAGUCUCGGGCGCGCGGAUCUGUUGAAGCUCAGCAAGAGGGCGGUAGAUUCUAUAUUCGGCGGUGAGGCGGAAAAGGAGAGGAUGCGCCGACUCUUGACGGAGUUUGAGGCUAGCUUAUAA